AUGUUACUGCAUAUAAUAUCCUGCAGAACAAAAGAAUAUAUUGAGACUACUGUAGAUAAGGAGAUGCUUAACAAAGUCGGAUACAAAAUGGAAGACCUAGAACUGAAAGUUAAUAUACUGACAUACAAAAUGCAAUAUGGAUGUUGGCCAUUGCCUCAUCAAGUCAAGAAAUCAAACUUCAGGAAACAUUUGAGAAAUCUUAGGUUAACCAUGUCCAGUCCGAACGAUCGAAAUAACUGGAUAAAACAUGUGCUGUUAAGUCCAAGAAGAAACGAGUCAUAUGCUUCGUACCCAAAAUACGAUUAUCGUUCUACGCAUGGUCUAACAGAACUGUUCGAUGCAAGGAAAAAGAUCGUGUAUCCGUAUCUUCGGCAAGAGAACUUGCCAGUAGAGCGUAGCAGUAAAUCAUCGAAAAGUAGCAGCGAUAAAUCUCUAAAACUGAAUUCGAUAUUCAAAAGAAAACUGAACAGAAACGUUCGAGAAGCGUCGAUAAACGAACGUUUCGAGAUGCAAAAUCGAAACGCUAUAUCGCUUCCGUUGUUCUCGAGAAAUAGAAACAAUAAAUCCACAAGCAAACUGAGCAAAGAUUCGAGACGUUUCAAGAGCAAGAUAAUGACCGGAGCUUGCAAGGAGUUCGUGAGAACCAUGGACGAGUGUAAAAGAUACUUGAAGGAAUUACACGACAGCAAUAAAAAUCUUGGCUUAGUUUGUACUUCCUCUAACACAAGCGACGAAUCCUCCAUCAAAGAUUGGUCAGAGAUACAGCAACAAAAGUGUGAGAAAGAAAACAAGACCGAUAAGACCGAUAAGGAAGAAACAGAUUUGAAGAAAACAGAUACAGGACAAGAAACUAAGGAACAAUGUUUAGAACUGUCUAACGCCAUUUGUCCCACACUGAAAUUCAGCGAUAAACGCAUAGUUCCGUCCAAAAUGAAUAUAACAUUUUGCACCGACAUGUUUCCACCAAAAUCCGUCUCGAACAUGUUAAUAUCAGAUGAACCGUCUAACCGAACGAAAUUCAUAAAAACGUCCCAAGAGGCUCUGUACCGAGUGAAGAGAAAACUGGAAAGUCUACACAAUGUCUUACGCAUGUACGAGAUGCAGAAUAUAGAAGCGAAAGCAUCGGCAGGGUUGCAAGAAAGUAAUAAUAAAAUACAGAGUAUCUGUCAGAACGUUGUGAAGACAAUCGUCCCUGCUAUAACAGAGGCCGACAAGUGGAACGAUAGUAAAAAAAAUAGAGUGAAUUUUAAUAUCGACACCAGAAAGAACCCCGAUGAAGCGCAACGUACAGUGUACAACAGCUCGGAACAUGACAGCGAUGCAACUGCUAAAAGUUCAAUGGGAUCUGUUCACAGUUACUCCGCUACGUUCGACGCUUGUCCGAUCAAUGAUCCUCGGUACUUGUUUCCGAACAGGUGCGAAUCAAAUAUAUACCCUUCCAUCGCUAAAUUGGGCUUGAUGCAUGACAGAAAAAUUGUAUAUUCUUCUAGCAGUAAAUAUGGAAAGAUACCUGAAAGAGUAUAUUAUACUAUUUCAUCCGAUUCAGAUGAAGGAAAAGACGUUAAGAAAAAAAAAGAAACAAGGGUAAAGAAACAUUUAGACCCCCUACCAGAUAUGUACAUUGAUAAGAAUGAAGAAAAAUCAUUUGGCUUCUCUGAUCAAUAUCCAGUUCCAAUGGAAACCGAUGAAGACUUGAUGAUAAUGUCGCCAAGAUCAAGCCAUACAGAGAUGUCAAAGGAUAGCGAGUCUGAAGAUAAAUCCACAGCACUGUUGCUACAAGAAGCACUGCAAUUUAAGAAAGCAUUGUUAACACGUGUUGAACUUGAAAAAGUAUGCUACAUAGAGCAGAAGAAAGAUGAUACGAAUGAUCAAACUGAAUGUGACAAGUACACUUACGUUAACAAUAAUCUUCAAUCAAAGUUCCUGGAUAUCAUAACGGAGGAACAGUCUGUUAGUAGUUCUACCGACAAAACCAGUCUAACUUACAUGUUUUAUAAUGUAAAACAAGAGAAAGAACAGCCACGCUCUUCUAUGGUUAAUAAUAAUAUAUCAGAAAUUAGGGAUUCAUGUACGUAUAAAGGAUGUUUGAAUUCAAAAGACAAUCUUAGUUCGCCUUCAGAAUAUUUCAGUUUCACUAAUAUAAUCCAAGAAAACAAGAACCAGUUACCUAUACUGAAACACAAUUACUUUCAACAAAAUGUACCUACAGAAAUGAUUCCUAGUAAUGUGGAAAUAAAAUGUUUUAAAGAUGUUUCAAGAAAGUCUAAUGUAAAACUUACAGAAAUGCAUUACGCAAACUGCUUGAAUGCUUCGAAUGCAGAUACGAAUAAGCAGAAAAUUUGUUACGAGUACAUAAAUGAGAAAGAGAACUUUGGGAAGCAAUUAUUACAUUUGAAUAACAAAAGUGAGUUUAUGAAUCAAAGUAUUCAUAGCGUGGAAUUGUAUUCAGAAAAUUUAGACGAAGCUACUCUAAAUGAAGAAAAUGAAAAUUCAAGUGCAUGUGUAACUACUAAUUUCUUAAACUCUGAGCAAUAUAUUAAUGUGACCUACGAUAAAGGCACAAACGACAGUGUAAUAAAUACAAAGAUAAAUGUAACGAAUGAUGAGAAGUACAUUAAAGAUAACGAAAUUCCAACGCACAUUCCAAAUUUCAAUUUAAAAAGACAUCCAGGUGCAUGUUCGCUGAUCGAACAAGUGCUAGUAGCAGACAUAGGAAAGGAAGCAGAAACGAAUAUGAUGCUUGAAAAUGAUAAUGAAAUAUACGAACUCUCGGCCACUGAAAGUAAAGAAACUUCAACUGAAACGAAUCUAAUACAGGAUUCAUUAACGUCAAGCAUCAAUCACUCGAACGAUUCUAAUAUUCCUGAACCACCAUCUGUAACAGUAUUGAUUAAUAAAUCAUUAGAGGAAGAGAAAUUAAAUUUAAAUUGGUUAAAUGUCAACCGUAAGUUCAGUGACGAUUGUGUUAAUGAAACGAACAUAAAAACAUCAUCAACGAACACAAUUACUCUUCUAAAAUAUGAUACAGCAGAUAAUCAUACAAAAAUUCAUCACGAUCAAAACACUCAACUGAAGGAUGAAAAUAAAAAUUUAAUCACAGGAAAUCCAUUUGCAAAUCUGGAUAAAGAAGAUUUAAAUAACGAGGCGGACUACUACAAAUCUUAUUCCACCCACGUUUCUCCACACAGUAGUUUAUAUUUUACUGAUGAGGCCUCAAGUUCCACUAUAAAAUUGAACAGCCAUUCGGUGAGUCUUGAAAACCAUUUACAUUCAAAUUUAUAUGUACUGAAAAAUAAUGAAGGAAAGCUUAAAGAUGAAGAUUUAAAAGGCAUUAAAAACGCAGAAACUGCGUCAAACGAGAACAAGAUAAUGAAUGUUACAAUUACAAGAAAUAAUGAAGAAACAUCUAAACAAAUAUUAUCAAACUGUGAGAGCAAUGUGUACAGUAAAAAUGAUUUACCUUCUCCUAAAAAUGAUAUAAAAAGCACAAAUGUAUUAGAAACUGAAAAACCUGACAGUAAUAACUCUAACUUGUUAUCGUCAAAAACUAUGAAUGUUACGCCUAACAAAAUAGAAUCUAAUUUAUUGUUAGAUUCCAUGGAAAGAUUAAAUGUAGACCACAAAUAUUUCUCACCUAAUACCUCGCCUCGUGAAAUUUUUCCAGCAGAAACGAAUCAAUAUGAAUCGGUAAAAUCAAAAAGUCAUGAAAGCUAUGCUCCAAAAUUGGAAAAAUUGGAGAAGUCAGACCUAAGAUCCGAGUUGUUGAGCAGCGAUCAAAUCAGAAGUGAAAGUAAUAAAAAUUCUGCUGAGCCAAGACGUGCUGUAGAAAAUAAUAUUAAGCUAGAUAGAAAAAGAUCCCAAUCACAAACAAGCUUUCGAACGAACCAAAUACCAAAACAAGUUGCUUCACGAUCACACGAAUCUCCGGUAAGCAAUAUAAGUACCAUAAAUGAUACAAAAUCGCUGGAAAAUAAAUUGAAAUUGAAAGAUCAUAUAAAAUGUUUAUCACCAACACCGAAGACAUCUUCAAAGUCUUGUAUACCAAUUCUGAAAAGCAGACUAGAAGCAGCUCGUCGAUCAGACAAUGAAACACGACCUAAAAGUCCGAUGAGAGGACCAUUAACGAUGACUAUGCUCUGGAAAGAUAAUUUAUGUAAUAAAAACGACAAUGUAAUGGACGAGAUACAAGUAGAAGGUAAAUCAGAGAGUAAUAAUCAAUAUACAAAAUUAAACAACAGCUGUGUAGAAAAAUCAGAUGGUAAUAAUAAUCGUACUGAUACUACGAAAUCACCAAGAAUCGUACAAAAUACAAUUAAAAAUACUGGUAAUAAUAUUGCUCAGCAGGAACAAGUGGUAAUAUACGUUAAUAUAUUCACAAAACAAGAUCAUAAUACAACAAAAAUUGUAGAUCCAAAUAAAUUUUUGGAAUAUAUUAAAAAUAGAGAAUUAAAUAUACAAAAAGAAGUAGAAAGUGAAGAUAAGAUAAAGAAUAAAAUUCAUGAAACCAGGACAGAAAAUGAAAAUAGUAGGAUGCAUAAAAUUGUUACUAUCGUUUCUUCUGUUAUAAAUGGCAACGAAUUAGAUCAGCAAAAUGCAUCUACCAUUAAAACGCAAAGUGGAUCGUUGUUGAAUAUUUUAACAAACGAUCAAUUAAAAAAUCUGUGUUUUCUUUCCGUCGAACAACGAGAAAUCGACGUGACCGCUAAACCAUCUGUUAUCGAUACAAGUACUUCGAUCUCGGAUUUAGAAAAUGUUUUAGGUCAAUCGGAAAGCGUAUUAAAUAAGUUUCAAAUAUGCGGAAUACCUAGAGAACUGAACAACGAAGAAUACGUAACAUUAUUGGAGAUCCUUCAUCAAGAGGCAAAUUUUGUACACCUACAAGAAUUGCAAAAUGUCUGCGAAAAACUCGUGUCAGAAGAUUUAAAAUCAAAGUGACAAUACUAUUAUCCAUUGUUAAAUUCAUAAUUGACGAUCAUUGCUAUACAUUUUUAAUACCAUACAUUUAUUUUCUGAUACAGAACGUGUACUCCAUGUAAUU